AUGCCGAAGAAUAGAUCAUCCAAGAAUAGGAGAAGGAAUAGAAAGCUGACUAAGGCUGCUCGAGAAGGUCGACUUCAACACGACGGUGAAUCAGAUGCGUAUGAGGAAGAUUAUCUUGCCGCAUCAUCCAGACAACCGCAAAGAGGAUCUUUUGUGGAUCAUCGGGGCGAGAAUUUGGCGAAUUUCGGAUCAUCAGCUUCAAGACAUCGAUUCCGCUCCGAAGCAGCGCAAAGCAGGUCCAAAGGCUCAAACACGCCACUCACAAAUAGAAACCUUCAGACGUGGCUUGAGCAAAGCCAGCCUCAGGCUCAGACUUCACAGUUUGGCGCUGUCGCUCUUGAUAUGGAUCAAUACGCAAAAGAGCAACAAAACAACCGCAAAUCCUAUCACGAUCAUGAUGACGGAGACAAUUAUAGCACGUACAGUCACAGAUCGGGACAGCUGCUUGAGUUCGGGGAGCUGAAUCCGUCUCUGGAACAUCUGAGCGAUCUGACAUCUUUGGAUGAUGUCUGUUUUCCAGAUUAUUACGAAGGGCUACUUGAUGCAGACAACGGAGAAACUUCACAUAAGUGGCCUGAUUUGUCUGUGUUGGAAGAAUACAUCCAAGAGGAGUUAGAAGAGUUACACGAGGCACAACAGGAAAGGGAGGAAUCACCCGAAGUUAAUUUCCAUUACCCAGUAGCACGGCGUGUUUCUGCCGCAGUGGGUGACUUGAAAGAUGUGCUGCCCACCAAUGAACUGGUUCCUCUUUUGGGCCUGGUCCAGGUCAAUGAGACCCAUCUGCUUCAGCUGGGAAGUCUGUCUCUCCGUGUCAGACCAAAGCCGAUCCAGCCAUGGGAGAAAAACAGGGAACAUUAUCUGCCAAUUUUAAAUAACUCGCAAAACCGUGCCCUGGAUACUACGUUCCGUUUCACAUACUUCAGAGAGGAUUUGGAAGGGACAAUCCACUCUCCAACACUCUCUGGAUUGGUCUCUCGUGAUAAAGAGAAUGUUUCGAAAACGGAAGCAAACUUGCUGGAAAGCUUACAUCAAUUGUUCUCGCCGUCAUACUAUUCUAAAGAAACGAGCCUGACUCACGAGCCUUCUCCUGGAGUUGAACAUGCAAAGUUAGCAGAAACUUUGCCAGUUCCACAAACUAACUUGUCUACUAAUAAUGCUUCUGCUGCUUCUGCUAGUGCUUCCACUAAUACUACUGGCAAUGCUUCUACUGGCGCAGCAGCAGGGAUUCGCUCCGCUAAUCAGAGAUUUAGCUCGCCACUUCCUGGAUCGACUGCAAACGGGGCUUCGCCUGCUACUCACCAUCACAGCCAUCCUACUUAUCCAUUUUGGCUUGACAUCGAGAAUCCGCUGGAAGAAGAGAUGAAGGUGAUCUCGAAAACUUUUGGUCUCCACCCGUUAACUACGGAAGAUAUUUUCUUGGGCGAGACAAGAGAAAAAGUGGAGUUGUUUAGGCAGUACUACUUCAUUUGUUUUACAUCCUUUGACAUCGUCUACGAACGGCGCAAACAACGGGCAAAGGAAAAUGAAAAGAAACAUAUCAAGCUCCAGGAGUACUCUUGGCCCGAAGAGACGUCUAACAACAAGGGGUUUUUCAAGCGUAUUUCAAAGAUGUUAUUUCUGCGCCGGGGUUCGACAUACAGUUCAUCGAAGAGAUCGGUGACUCUGUCUUCUAUCACCAUUCACAAGAAUGUUAGAAGUGGAGAAUUGUGCCCUUUGAACAUGUACAUGAUUAUUUUCAAGCAUGGAGUGCUUACGUUCCACUUUAGUCCUACUCCACAUCCUAUAAAUGUGCGUCGUCGUGCACGUAUGCUCAAAGAUCAUUUGACAGUGUCGACCGAUUGGAUAUGUUAUGCACUUAUUGAUGACAUCACUGACUCUUUUGCUCCCAUGAUUGACAGCAUCGAAUCUGAGGUGUAUCUCAUUGAAGACGAGAUUAUGAGAAUGCACUCUGGCGAUUCUGAAGACAGUGACGAGGAAAGCGACAAUGAAAUGAGCUCUUCUUUGCCACCCACGAAUCAGGGAUACCAAAGGAGCAUUGGGACAGACGUCUUUUACCGCCGUGAGAGAUCAAAAUCCACAGUGGAGGCAGUAACGCCCAACUCUUUCCGCCUGAGGUAUAAUAAAGAACCACGCGGGGAGUUCAUGUCUGUCAACUCGCGCAGUAGCGCACGGACAUCUUUGAGCCUGACUUCGACUUCGACACUGUCGAAAAUCGUUGCCUGGAAACGCAAGGGUGAUAUGUUGAGAAGAAUUGGUGAGUGCAGAAAACGUGUCAUGUCGGUCAUGCGUCUUUUGGGCACGAAGGCUGAUGUGAUUCGUGGAUUCAGCAAACGUUUUAACGAGACGGAAUCCCUUGCGUCACUCAAUGAUACACACGUGAACAACACACGGUUGGCUCUGAGACAAGAGAUUGUGAUGUAUUUGGGAGACAUUCAAGACCAUGUUGUGACAAUGGUGCAAUCGCUCAACCAUUAUGAAAAACUUCUUGCACGAAGCCACUCGAACUACUUGGCACAGUUAAAUAUCGACAUGACCAAAGUGAACAAUGACACCAACGACGUGUUGGGUAAAAUCACCAUCUUGGGUACAAUUGUUUUGCCUAUUAAUGUGGUUACUGGCCUAUGGGGAAUGAACUGUAUCGUACCUGGCCAAGAUCACGAGGGCUUGGUUUGGUUCUGGGGCAUCGUUAUUGGAAUAACACUGUUCAGUGUGAUCUCGUACUUCUAUGCCAAGAAGGUAACGGGAUUGUGA